AUGUCUCAAAAAGCCUGCUACGUUUGUGGUAAAUUAGGUCACUUAGCUGACGAUUGUGAUUCUGAAAAAUUAUGUUACAAUUGUAACAAACCUGGCCAUGUUCAAUCUGAAUGUCCAGAACCAAGAACUGUUGAACACAAGCAAUGUUACAACUGUGGUGAAACAGGUCAUGUUAGAAGUGAAUGUACUGUUCAACGUUGUUACAACUGCAACCAAACUGGUCAUAUCUCCAGAGAAUGUCCAGAACCAAGAAAGGGUAGAUUCCAUCAUGGUGGUAACAGAUACAAUAGUGGUAAGACCUGUUAUAAAUGUGGUGGUUUUAACCACUUAGCUAGAGAUUGUACUGAGUCAGAAUCUAAAUGUUACAACUGUGGUAAAUUCGGUCAUAUUUCCACAGAUUGUCCAAAUGAAGCUGCCGAGAAGGUUUGUUACCAUUGCAACCAACCUGGUCACAUCUCCAGAGAUUGUCCAAUUUGA